AUGACCCGCGACCAUGAACCUGGAAAAGAUCCAAAGCAGAAGGUUGAUCGCACUCGUGACCCUCCCUACCAACCAAAGUACCACCGAUAUACGCCUUUAAACACUACGCGGACAAAGGCGUUGCUGACUGUGGAGAAAUCUGAUAUGUUAAAAUGGCCCCGCCAUACGAGAUUCACGCCAGCUAAAAAAUUUUCGAUUAAAUAUUGUAAAUUUCACCGUGAGCGUGGGCAUGACACAGAGGAAUGUUAUCAAUUGAAAGAUGAAAUUGAGAGAUUGAUCAGGCAAGGAUAUUUUAAACAACUUGUACUGAAGUGUCGAGCUGAUGAAACUAUUGUUUGCCGAAGCCGAUCUAGGAGUCAUGAGAGGGCUCAAGAUCAAGGGAAGGGAGUGCAGAAAGAAGUCAACCCAAGGGAUAAUGCGCUUGUGAAAGCCAUAGUUUAUACCAUUGCAGGAGGACCUGAAGGGGGUGAUUCUGGAAGGUCUAGGAAGAGGAAAAAUAGAAGUGACCAGAGAGAUCAACUAGUCGUAAGCAUUGAGCCAGAGGAAGAAAUAACGUUCGAAAAUAAAGAUGUUGCUGGAAAGACGGGGUCGCAGAAUGACCCCAUGGUAAUCAGACUGGAUAUAGCCAAUUUCACCAUUCGAAAAGUUUUGAUUGAUAAUGGAAGCUCGGCAGAUAUCAUCCUUAGGGAUGUUUUGGUCAAGAUUGGGCUAGAGAAUGCAAAGUUAGAACCUGUAAGGACCCCGCUAGUUGGAUUUGGAGGAACUGAGAUCGUGCCGUUGGGAACCCUUGAUCUACCUGUAUCUAUGUGGGAGGAACCUCGGAGAAAAACGUUGAUGAUCAAAUUUCUAGUAGUAGACACACCGUUUGCGUAUAAUGUAAUUCUAGGAAGGCCAGGACUGAAUGCUUUUCGUGCAAUAGUAUCUACAUACCACUUGAAGUGA